UUUAGAGAAGGGAAAAUCUAAAAUUGUUUGGUCUAACACGGAGAGAGGCCGACGAUAACGGUCGUGGCUUCAAUCGAAGGGUUUCCGCUUGAGUCAGCUCUUCUGCAAUGGAGGAAUACUCUACAAUUUGUGAUGAAAAACUCGAUAUUCAAAUCGGACGAAAAGUUUAUAAUGAAAGGUGUUUGACAGAGACAAAUGGUGAUUCAAGCUCUGGAGAACUGGCGAAGAGAAAGAGUCCUUUCUCAAAAGUUUACCACAAAAUUGCCUCUUGCUCAUGCUCGUGGAAUGGUUUCCUUUCUCGUCUUGUCUGUCUUGCUCCGAUUAUUCGCUGGUUGCCAAAAUACAGCGUAAAGAAGGACUUAUCAGCUGAUAUUACUGGAGGUGUUACAGUUGGCAUCAUGCAUAUUCCUCAAGGACUCGCAUUCGCCAUGCUGGCUUCUCUUCCGCCGGUCACGGGACUUUACACCGCCAUUAUCCCAGUUUUGGUUUAUAUGAUCAUGGGUACAUCACGACACUUGUCUGUAGGUAGUUUCGCAGUCAUUUGUUUGAUGGUGGCUCAAGUUGUUGAACGUGAAGUGGGUUCCAUGCCAUUAUCACCCAGUCCCACACCAGGUAAUGGCUCGAUGUCCAGUCCUUCUCCGACAGGUGCAAGCACCGGGUUAUGGACACCCCUCGAGUCAGCCAAAAUGGAGGUCGCCAUUUCCCUUUCCUUACUCGUUGGUAUCAUCCAGGUCAUCAUGGGAGUGGCGAGGCUGGGAUUUGUGGCGACUUUCUUGUCGGAUCCAUUGAUCAGCGGUUUUACCACAGGAUCAGCGGUAUUCGUUGUCAUCAGCCAAUUGAAGCAUAUACUAGGACUGAAAGUUCCUCAGAUCACUGGACCACUUGCUUCAGUGAAGAUUUUCACGUAUAUGAUGAAAAACAUUCCCUCGGCGAACAUUGGAGCCGUAAUUACAGGCGUGCUCUGUCUUGUUCUGUUAAUUGGACUGAAACAAGUCAAUGAGAGAUUCAAGCAAAAACUGAAAGUUCCCAUCCCUGCAGAACUUCUAGUGGUUGUUGUCGGAACUGCCAUAUCAUAUGGUGCGGCCAUCAAUGCGAACUUUGGUACAUCGAUCAUAGGAGAAAUACCGAAGGGACUUCCUCCUCUGAGUGUACCAUCUUUAUCCCGGAUAUCGAACAUUUCCUCAGACGCCUUUGUUAUCGCAGUGGUGAUAUUUGCCACAAACAUCUCACUAGCCAAAAUGUUUGCUAAGAAGCGUGGUUACGCAGUCGAACCAAACCAGGAGCUGAUUUCGUAUGGAGCAGGAAACAUUGCUGGCUCUUUUUUUUCGUGUUUCCCGAUCUGCAACGCUUUAGCACGUACAGCGGUACAGGAAAACCUUGCAAACACACAGCUUUGCAGCGUGGUUGUGAUCGCCUUGAUCCUUCUCGUUCUACUGUUUAUUGCUCCACUUUUUUACCAUCUUCCAAAGGCUAUCCUAGCUGCAGUUGUGAUCGCCAAUCUCGUUGGCCUGCUCAGACAAUUUUCAAGGCUGCGGGAUUUAUGGGGAAUUCACAAACCUGAUGCGGUUGUAUGGUUUUUCACUUGUUUUGGUGUCAUACUGUUGGGAGUUGAUGUUGGACUGGGUGUAGGAGUGAUCUGUGCGUUAUUUGCAGUAGUUUUAUCCCUUUCCAGAUCCAGGCACACAAUCCUUGGAAGAGUAAAAGCAACUGAGUUAUAUCGUGACAUCAAGCAAUGUCCCUCGGCCUUCGAGGUCCCUGGUGUGAAGGUGCUGAGACUCGAGUCCCCUCUUUACUUUGGUAACGUGGAGCGCUUCAGAAAUGCGUUGGUUAGUGCUUCUGGACUGGAUCCCAGUUCUCAACAGAAAGCGCGCAAAAGGGUCAAACUUGGAAACGACGACGAAAAAUAUGAUCUUCUCGAGAGUGAAAAUGGAGGAAACUGUAACGGAGAGAUCCCUAAUGGUAAACCAAUUCCUUUGGAAAAGAAAAGGACUCCAAGGACAAGUGCUGUUGAAGUUGACGAGCCGCAAACCUGUAUUCACACUGUCGUCAUUGAUUGUAGCAGUUUUACUUUCAUCGAUUCGGUUGGACUUCAUGCGCUUCCAUCUCUUCUAUCGGAGUUCAAGAAAGCUGGAGUUCAGAUAUACCUGGCUGGUUGCUCUUCAAUUCUCAUUAAAAGGCUCGCAAGUUCCACUAAGAAGGCCGCCAUACAGGCCAUUCCACAUCAUGCGAUGUUUCCAUCCAUUCAUGACGCUGUUAUAUCUGCCAUAAGAUCACGUGACUACGCGCUUUGGGGAGAAGACUUGGAGAAGGAGACAUGUUUGUAAUAUUGAUCCUGGCUGAUAUUUCUGUCGUGGAAAAUUUCAGAUCGUUAGUAGUUCUUUUAUCACUGGCGAACGAAAUAAACGUUUUAAAAAUCGGUGACAGAGAGGGGCAGGGUGAUGAACUCCUCGUGCAGAAUAGAAGGGCCUUUCCGAGAGGUCUAAAUGAGCGUAUCCCAAGAAAACAAUGAAGGUCUACAGACUUAAAAAAAUUCUUAUUUUUAGUGGAUAUUCCGUUGUGGGAGGGAGUUGGGCUCUUAGCCUCUAAAUUUCCAUAUUACCUUAACGAAUAAAUUUUGUAUUUUUCUUCCGUCGGACGGAUUCUGUAAGAGCGAAAUUCACAACGUGAUACACAGAUAUUUAUAUAUAUAUAUAUGUAUAUAUUUUUUUCAAUAUUACGAUUCAUGACGUGAAUAUAUUCCAAAAAAUUCUCACUUUUCAGUGGAAUAUUAAUUUGUACUCAAUUUGAAUAUUAUACAUGUACUUUAGCGAAGUAGUCAGAGGAAGGAAUGAAUAUAUUUCCUCAGCCACUAACCCAACAUAUUUAAUCUUGCUUUAUUUUAUUUUUUCAUUAUAUAUAUGACAAAGUAUCAUUAAACUUGAAAAGUCAAACAAAA